AUGCCAGAAAUUAAUUUGGAUUGCAAGGCACCAUCGCGACACGAGGUGGAAAAUUGGCUUGACCGCAUCGAUGACAUUACCGCCGCAGUGCAAGAGAUACUCAACGAGGAUCCCAUGGAAGCGGAACGAAAGCGAGAGGAGCGUGAAGCCCGUCGCCGCGAGGCUGAGGCACGGGAAAGGCGUGAUAAAGUGAAAAUGCGGUACGAUCCGCGUUACUACUCGCGUUUUGAGAACGAUGAAUUUAUUGAUACACUGUUGAAAGAAACCGAUGGUCCCACUUGCAAGGGUAAAGGCAAGAACUGUAAUAAGGAUGAAGCAUUAUUUAGCCGGGCGGAAAGGGUCUCUUUGGAUGAGGCACUACGAAUGAAGGAGGAGGCGGCGAAGGCUGUGAGAGCUUCUGAUUGGGAAACUGCCUUUAAAUUGUACUCCAAUGCCAUUGGGUUGAAUGUGGUGGAUGCGUCACUGCAGGUUACGCUGCACAACAACCGCGCUCUUGUUCAGCUGAAGUUGAAACGCUACUUGGAUGCUGUGGAAGACGCAAGCUAUGUUUUACGCGAGGAGCCAACGAAUGUGAAGGCUCUGUUGCGGCGCGCCACAGCGCUAAGACAUCUGCGCAGGCCGCUGGAUGCGCUGCGAGAUGCUGAAGCGGCGCUCCAGAAAGAUGUUUCAAAUCAAGAGGCAGCGGAUCUUGCUCAGUGGUUGCGGCGAAUAAAGAGUGAACAUGAACGCUGUGCUGCCUUCCAGCAUCAUUAUUCAGGAGACGCGGAACAGCUGUCUAAUGCGACAUGUGAUCUCAUUGCCGCCGUGAAGGAGUUACCGAAUGUGAGUGAGGCGAGUAGUGAGGAAAACAGAGAAAAUGUUGCGGAAAAGCAAGGUCGUAAGAGGAAGUGUAUGAUACGGGUUUUGAAGGCCGUCUGCCGCUGCCUGAAAGUCGUUCAGUGUUUUCAUCUCGGCGCAGCGGUCCUGUUCGCUCUCCGUGAUGGAAUGGACUCGUUGACGGAGCUGAUUCUCGGUCUGCUUUCUGGUAGUGCAGAAGAACGUUUCGGUGUUGUUUGUGCCGCGGGUGCCAAAGACAUGUCGCCUGAGGGAAUGGUCUUGUUUGCUUCCCUUCGACUCUUGUCUCUUGUUUUGGUUGGAAGUGAGGCAUGUGCAGAUGAGUUGGAGCCUUCAAGUAUUCACGAAAUGGCAAACAACCUAACGGCAGUUUUAGUUGAAGCUGUUGAAGGCAUGGACAAGGGAGCAGCUCGAGGGGUAAAUAUAGAGACUUGUUUAUCGCUUGUGUCUGGGUUGCUCCAGGCUCUGGAAGGCUUAGCCACGCGCUUUCCCAAUGAAGUUCACACUCCUUGUGGUCCAGUAAUGGAGAAAAUAUCGGAAAGUGUGUUGAGAGGGGGUCGUCCUGCUCCGCAGCCACUCUACUUUCUUUGUGGGCUUCUAGAGGCGCUCCUAAAAGUAGAGGUCGUCGCAAAAGCAAUGACACCGACGCUAGAAAAAAUUGGCGUGCGUGUGGUUGACGCAGCUCUCACGGCAGGGCCCACGCUGCUGAAGGAAGUAGGACUGUCACUGGCCGUCCGUGUGUCAUGUACAAACCAUACGUGCGCAAAAGCGAUGUCCACGUCCAGUUUCACGUGUGCUCUCGCUCAAAUGCUGCCGCCCCCAAAGGUUUGUGCGUCAGCCCCUUUGUCAGCUCGGGCGGAAGAGGGGUUAUUUGCUCUUGUGUACAAUUUGUUCCUGCAGGCGGAGUCUCGGCGAGAUUAUGUGAAGCAAUGGUGCGACACGAUGGUUGAAACUGGUAAUGGCAAAAUGCACUUUGCACUCUGUGCUUGGUACGUGCUGCGCGACCGAGCCCAAUCCGGUGGAGUCUCGACGGAGAGAGCGACCGUUUGUUCUAAAAUGACGGGGGUUCUUUCAAAGUUUUCUCCUUUCGACGACUCACUCCGUGAUGCCAUAUUGAAGGAUGAAGGUACGCUGUGGUCGAUGCUCGAUUCCGCGCUCUCCAUACUUGGAGGCGACGCAGUGGAGAUAUAUGAAGCUGAAGCGAAAAGGGAUGGACUCGCAGUGGACAGCGAGGGUUCGGAGGCUAAACCGUCUGCGCUAUGGGAAGUUGUGGAGCACACCACAACGUUGCUUGCGGGGUUCUAUUCAAAGAAGCUUCUCUCGAGUGUGGAAGGCUUAUGGGAGCUCGAGCGGGUUCGCGCUUUGCUGCGUGUCGUCCAACUGGGGGGAGACCGACACGCGGUGGCGGUUGGUAAUGCUGCUCUUAUUUGUUCCUUUGUUCCACCUGCAGGAUGUGAGCACUACGUGGCACUUCGCGGCGUCGAUGUUUUGUUGGAGAGCCUUCGUAAGGUGCGGGCGUCCCUGUUUUCGUUGGAGCAUGAAGGAAAAAAUGGUACACCGCAGUGGUGCCAUGCGCGUGCAGCACAGAAGAACGUUGCUAUCGCAUUGUCCCGUUGCUGCACGGUGGAGUCGCAGCGGGAGCGACUGCGCGAACUGAAGGGUUUUGAGACGCUCCAUGCCGUGCUUGAACAGCAGCAGGCUUCGUAG